UCAUCUCCUAGCGCAGAUGUAGUCUAGGUCAGUUGUAGUGCAGUGGCCACCCCACCCGUGCCCAGUGCCUGGCUUUGUAGUUAAACGGAACAGAGGUUAUCCGUCGUAAAUCCCUUCAUUGUUGAUUUUUUGAAUUUCUGACACAUUAGAGAUGCUGGUGUGAUACAAUCCCAUAUUAAUUUUAUUCAGUUUCCUGCAUAGUGAUAUACUCAUAGUAUAAUAAACAUGGAGGACGUUUUGCUUGAGUGCCAAGUGUGUUUCGAACGGUAUGAUUCGGAUUCGAGACGGCCGAAAAUACUUUCUUGCGGGCAUACGUUUUGUCUGUCAUGUCUGUGUGCAAGUGACAACAAAUGCUCUAACUGUCGUAUUCCUUUUAGAGGAUCACCCAUGAACCUUCCAGAUAAUUUUAUUCUAUUGUCAGCUACUGACAAUGCCCCUCCACCCAAAAAAAAAGCGUUUUGGUGUUUGGACUGUAAGAAAGGAGCAGAUGCUGAAUGUGAGGACAGUCACACAAUUUGCAGCAUGAAGAAGAUUAUCAGUGAACAGAUAGGGGAUCUGACUGAUACUGUCAAAGAACAACUUACUAAGGAAGAAAAGCUGUUGGCUCAACUUGUUGUCAAACUGGCAGCAGUAAAAGUUGCCAUGCGUAAUGCAAGUCCUGCUGCUGAGCGCGAGCUGACAGCUCAUAGUAUUGCAAUAGAGGAAAUUGGAAAGAUGAUCCAAAAUAUUCCAGACAUAGAAAACAAUCCUAAAGAUGAUUCUUUAGAAGAUUUGAAAACUCAACUGGCAACAUCAAAAGAUCGCUUACCUCUGUUAGAAAAGAAGACACAACUUCUAGACAUGCUGAAUGAUUGUGAGAUAACUGUGAGACCUACAGGCUCUGAGACUGAAUGGACUCUGAAGCUUAAAAUGACAUCAGAUGAAAUGUCUGAUGACCUUAAAGGAUUAUUUUACUUUCUCUACAAAAACAUUGGCUAUCAGCACUUUGAUUUUCCAGAAUCUGUAAGUCUCCCUUGUGCUGGGGGGGAUGUUGCUGCUCCUAUUCCAAGCACAGUUGCACCUUCUCCUAAUGGUACCUGCAUCGUCCAAGUUAGUCAGAAUUCGCGACUGCUUGGACAGGUUGCAAUAAGUGUUGUAGAUACACUUCCUCAGCAGAAAAAAGACCUCCUAAUUAAGGGUCUGAAUGGAAUUAAACUCUAUCCUAAAAUGGCUGGUGCCCUUACUGGGGCUUUGCGAACAGAUGUCUUUCUUCAUGGUAAUGGUGUCAAAUUGUCUAAGGGCUCAGUUUGUAUUGCUCGAUCCCCGCUUCAACCACUGUCUAUCUUUGUCCAAAAGCCUACAUCUGCUCCUAAAACAAUGACAUUUGUGUGGGGUAAAGUUGUAGAAAAUCUAGCACUAUUGGAAUCAAUUGUUAAUAAUUGGGGGGUGAACAAAGGCAUAGUAACUCUAAGUAGCCCCCGCUGGGCUUAACUUUGAAGUUUGAGUUACAUUCUAAUCAAUAUUUUAAAAUAUGCUUACAUCAAAUGUUAUUUCUUCACAUUGUUUUUAUAAUUGUACUAUUAUAAUAAUCAGUACAUAUAGUUAAGGGUUGAGAUCUUUUGCAGUGAAGAAGAUAAGAAAUUUGAAGUGAUCUGAUGUGUUACCCAGACUUAGUUUGUGGCUCAUGUGUAUGAGAAAUAUUGUCUCAUGUUAAUUAGAGAGUACAAUUGCUUGAACUUGCUUAUUAUACCACCAACCUUUUGUUGAAUCAUUAAAUGUCGAAAGGAAA